UAUCUGUCUGAAGUCCUUCACUGAUGCGAACUGGAGAAAUUGAUCAGACUUUAAGUGUGUUUUCAUUUGCCGGACUUACCCAGCAUGGUGAAGUGAUCAGGCGCUGGUUAGCCUACAUUGAAGAAGUGUCACAUUUGUGGCUCAGUGGGAAGUGAAAACCAUCAUUUGCGUGGUAUAUUUUUUUUUAGGUUGAGCGUGUUAUCAUCGCCGGAAAUCUACUUUUUGCCCAGUGGACAUCAAGAAAAAAAAAAACAACCACAUGAUGUUCCAGUGAAGCGUUUUCGGCAUCAUCUCAGCCACUCCAGAAGUUCAUGGGAAAAAGGCACUGAGGGGAAGGCGCUGAGGGAAGAGGACAGCAGAGGAACAUUUUUCCAGGAGUGGAUGGAUGCGACUUUGUCCUGUGUGCGGAGUUAGGAGAGAUGACAGCUCCAUCUAUUUGAAGAAACCUUUUUUUCCAACUUUCUGAGACAAGCAGGUGUUGAGGAGGUACCACAUCUGCUUGGGGUAGUCUGGUGGAUGUUUCUGAAAGUGUUGGAGGUGCGGAGGCUGAGCUCAGCGGCUGCCAGGCUGCAGCUAUGGUCGUUGAGGUGAGGUUUCCUCCCUCUUCAUCAGUGAGCUCGACAUUUGUCUCACCAUGCCGGAAGACCCUAUUGCUUCCUCCUUCUACAUCGUCCUAGAGCUGCUGAUUGCCGUGUUCUCUGUGCUGGGAAAUGUGCUGGUCUGCUGGGCCGUGGGCCUGAACAGCAACCUGCAGAGCAUCACCAACUUCUUCGUGGUGUCGCUGGCGGUGGCCGACAUCGCAGUGGGCGUCCUGGCCAUUCCGUUUGCCAUUGUCAUCAGCACCGGCUUCUGCUCCAACUUCUAUGGCUGCUUGUUCAUUGCCUGCUUCGUGCUGGUUCUCACGCAGAGCUCCAUCUUCAGCCUGCUGGCCAUUGCUAUAGAUCGCUACAUUGCAAUCAAGAUACCUCUCAGGUACAACGGCUUGGUAACCGGCCAGCGGGCACAAGGUAUCAUCGCCAUUUGCUGGGUUUUAUCAAUCAUCAUCGGUCUGACCCCCAUGAUGGGCUGGCACAAGCUGCCUGAGAGCAGCAACAGCACCUGCCCGCCCGGUCUGAUGAAGUGCCUGUUUGAGGGGGUGGUGGUCAUGGAGUAUAUGGUCUACUUCAACUUCUUGGCUUGUGUACUGAUUCCCCUGGUGCUGAUGCUAGCCAUCUACCUGUGUAUUUUCAUGGCUGCUCGCCACCAGCUCAAGCUGAUGGAGGUCAAAGUGGUUCAUGGAGAGAAGUCGCGCUCAACGCUGCAGAAAGAGGUCCAGGCUGCCAAGUCUCUGGCCAUCAUCGUGGGGCUGUUUGCUGUCUGCUGGCUGCCUUUACACAUCAUCAACUGCUUCACCCUCUUCUGCCCUCUGUGUGAUCGUCCUCCGGCCUGGAUCAUGUAUGUGGCCAUUAUUCUUUCCCAUGCCAACUCUGUGAUCAACCCCUUCAUCUACGCCUACCGCAUCCGGGAGUUCCGACAGACCUUCCGUAAGAUUAUCCGCCGCCACAUCCUGGGCCAGCAGGAGCUGUUUGGAAGAAGCAGCAGUCAACACAACUUCACUCACAACAGCAUCACCGACUCCAUCAGACUCAAGGCAAACAGCCUCAGCGUUGACCUUUUCCCUGAACACAGCAGCAGCAACAGUAGCUGUGAAAGCUCAUGCCGCUGCCCUUCUCAUGUCUCUCCAGUAGGGGGCAGUCUGAUAACAGUAUCCCGCCCCCCUCUGUCAGUCAUCAUCUCCCACUGUUCUAAGAUGGGCACACACCAGACUAAAAUCCCCAUAGGCCAUCAUCUACAGUAUGCGGAGCAGCAGCAUGACUUGACUGGAACAGAAGUCUUGGAGGAUAAGAGCAAACAGAACCUGGGCUCCGCCAAGGAUACAUUCCUGUUUAACAAGCAGGACAGAACAUACCUUCAGGAGCUGGAAAAGGUGUCUUGACCCAUGCACAUUCACUACUAUUCAGGAAUAGCAUGUCAACGUUAGCUCAGCAGCAGCUCACAUAAGUUCGGUUAAAGUCCUGAUGGGGAAUGGAAAUUGGAGUAAUGUAAACAGCUAACUUGGAUAACUUUAAUGUCCUUGACUUGCCAUGAAAAACUGUCUGCACUAUUUAAGCACAGUUUUUUUUUAAAGCAGACUCAACCUCUGAAAGCCCUGCUAAUGGCCCAAAUAGUUUUUGCUGCUUACGAAUGGUUUGACUCGACGGAGCAACUGACUGAGGUGCAGACACUUCACACAAAGGGCUCUGCAUUUAGUUCAACAAACAAUAUUUCUAAAUGCAUUUGCCUUCUUUACAAACAGGUACAGGUCAAUACAGAGGCACUGUUGCCAGUGAUUAUAUCUGACCCACCAAAGCUUAGCCGAUAUUGAGAGAAGUGAUAGUAUGGGCCUCUUACUCUCUUAAAAAAAAAAGGAAUGAAAAAAAAACAUUAACAGAGGCCUGUUUUUAGGAUGUCCAACUUUAGUUAAUUGCAGGUUGAAAUAAUAUACCAUAAAUAAAAAUACCAUAGUGUGCAAGUGCUUUCCUCUUGACAUGUCUUUUCUGAAUGGGUUAUUAUUACAUUAUUGGUACACCCUUUUUGAGGAUGUGGAUAUAAAUGCACUUGGAUGGAUUUCACCUCAUACCACUGCCAUUGAUCAUGGGCAAAGGAUUCAUUUUUUAUGCAGUAUUGCACCAUCAUUUGCAACAUUUUAGAUUCCUGAAGACCUGCAUUGAGCAGAGAUAGCUGUUUUUAUUAGAGAAAAUUUGACAUUUUUCACAUUCGGCCUACUCUUUUCUCUUACAUUGUAAUUCAGCUUCAUUCCAUAGAUCUAUGUGCAUACUGACAUACAAUGAAUGGGUUCCAAUUGGGCUAAAACAAUAAAAACAGUAUUUUCACUAUUGA